UAUUUGGUCGAUACCAGCUUGUUUACCCAACAGAUGUGACACUUUAUUCCUGGAUAUUCUCCCUAAACUCCUUCUACAGGUUGGCGAGAUGUCUGGAACGGGGAAGUUUAGAAGCAAGGGACCCAAACCCAAAGGAAUCACUGGAGAUCACACACCAGAGCAGUGCAACCAUAAACUCAACGGCGAAUUUAUCCACUUCAAACCUGCCAAAGCCACGGAUGGUAAGGAAAAAGUAACGGCCAUCGAAACAAUGGGAACUCGGGAGUUAAUCGUUCCGAACAGGCAACCGAUCGAUCGGCCCGGAAUAUUUGCCUUAUCCGAGUUCAAACGCCUGAAACAACAAGCUCAUGUGGUGACCCGGGAAGACCGGAUGAAGAUGCUGGAGGAAGCCGAAAGGCAAAAGAACAAAUUGGUAAUGGAAAGCACCCAGCGCAAAGAAGCGCUGCUGAAAACACAGAAACCCACCAAAAAUCAACCGGGAAGCAAACUGGAAACUGUAGAGUCGGAAGCAGCAAAGAAGAACCUCUACCUGCUCAAACGAUCCCAGGAGUUGAUGAUAGAGCAGGACGAGCGAGUGAAGGAGGCAAAUGGGAUUAUCCUGGCCACCAAAUGUCGAGCCAUUCGAAACGCGCAAAUCGCCGAAAAACAGUCCAUCGAGCAGCAGAAGAAAGAGGAGGAGUUCAGGCUGAAUGAGAUGAUGGAGCAGCAAAGACAGAUGAAAAUUAAACGGGAGGAGGCAAAGCGGGAGGAAGACGAGCGAAAAAAACAACGAUACGUGAAGGAAGUGAUGCAGCAAAUCAAGGAAAACGAACUGGACCGACUGUUGGAAGCCGAACGGAUCGAAGAAGAAAGCCGGAUGUUGAACAAGGCCCUGAUCGAGCUGCAAAAGGACGAAGAAGCCCGCCUCAAAGCCAAGCGGGAAAUGCAGGAGAAAAUGCGAGAGGAAUUUAAAAAAGCCAACACGGAAGCGGAACGCUACCGAAAUUUGAAGUCCGAAGAACAACGAAUCGCCGAUUUGAGAGUUCAGGAGUUCAUGAGACAAAAGGCCGAAAGGGAAGAAGCGCUGGAAAAGGAAAAGGUGCUCAUGAAGGAAGCGAAGGAAAAGGAAAUUGCGAGGUUGCGAGCCAUGCAGGAAAAGAAUCAGGACCUGCAAGCUGCUUUGGAUGAGAUGAACGCUAUGAGAUCCCAGGAAGAG